UGUGGAGCCCGGAGCCGCACAGCGCCCCCGCCACCGCGUUCUCCCUGCUGCUGCUGCUUUCGUGCUUGCCCGCCCGCCAUGGCCAGCCUUAAGGACCUCGAGGGGAGGUGGCGCCUGACGGAAAGCCAAGGCUUUGAGGAAUACAUGAAGGAGCUAGGCGUGGGACUGGCUCUCAGGAAAAUGGGUGCCAUGGCCAAACCAGACUGUGUCAUUACGUGUGACGGCAACAACAUCACUGUUAAAACCGAGAGCACUUUGAAGACGACACAGUUUUCUUGUACACUGGGAGAAAAGUUUGAUGAAACUACAGCUGAUGGCAGAAAAACUCAGACGAUCUGCACCUUCACCGACGGUGCCCUGGUCCAGCACCAGAACUGGGACGGGAAGGAAAGCACAAUAACCAGAAGAGUGAAGGAUGGAAAACUGGUGGUGGACUGUGUCAUGAACAAUGUCACCUGUACUCGGGUCUACGAAAAGGUGGAGUGAGGAUGCUUCUCCACCCUGGACAGGAGAGAAUAAGCUCAGUUCAAUGAGCAGGUCAUAAAUAUCUAUACUGCACCAACACUUUACAUGAAACCCAUGUCAAAGUGUUGAUCUUCCCUUUGGUUCGUAAAUAAACGUGUUUGUGCUACUUCA